UCUGAUUGGCUGAGAGUGUUAGCUGUGUCUGGACCGCUGAAGGUGAAGCGUUCGUGCGUUCUUUCUGAAAUUCAGUUUUUAUCAUGGAAUCUUGUAGGUAUUUGACGAUGCACGCGCGGUUUUGUCGCAGGUUACUGGCUGCUAAAUACUUCUCCAGAAACUAUGCAUCUGGGCCAACUUUAAAUGAGGUGGUUAUAGUUAGUGCUGUUCGGACUCCCAUUGGGUCAUACAAGGGGUGUCUUUCCACAGUACCAGCAACAAGACUGGGUUCCAUUGCAAUCAAGGGGGCUGUUGAGAAAGCGGGUAUCCCAGUGGAGGAGGUGAAGGAGGUGUACAUGGGCAAUGUGCUUCAGGCUGGGGAAGGGCAGGCUCCAACCAGGCAGGCCCUUUUGGGUGCAGGAUUGCCAAUUUGCACCCCAGCCACCACUAUCAAUAAAGUGUGCGCUUCAGGAAUGAAAUCCAUUAUGAUGGCAGUGUGGACACCAUGUUCUCAUUUAAAAGAUGUCAUGGUAGCUGGUGGGAUGGAGAGCAUGUCGAAUGUCCCGUACGUCAUGAGCAGAGAGACGCCGCCCUACGGAGGGGUAAAGCUCGAGGACCUCAUUGUAAAAGAUGGUCUAACAGAUGUCUACAACAAGUUUCACAUGGGAAAUUGUGCAGAAAACACUGCCAAGAAGUCCAGCAUUCCCAGAGAUGAACAAGAUGCCUAUGCCAUUAACUCUUACACCAGGAGUCGGACCGCUUGGGAAACUGGGGUGCUGGCCAAAGAGAUUGUUCCAGUCAGCAUUCCACAGAAAGGCAAACCAGAGAUUGUUGUGACAGAGGAUGAAGAAUACAAACGUGUGGAUUUCAGCAAAGUGCCCAAACUGAAAGCCGUCUUCCAAAAGGAGAACGGCACUAUCACCGCAGCCAAUGCCAGCACUUUGAAUGACGGUGCAGCUGCUUUAGUUCUUAUGACUGCUGAUGCAGCCAAAAGACUCAACGCCACCCCUCUGGCAAAGAUUAUUGCGUUUGCAGAUGCGGCUGUUGAUCCAAUUGACUUUCCAAUCGCGCCUGCGUUUGCUGUACCAAAGAUUCUGAAAGCCGCUGGCAUGAAGAUGGAAGACAUUGCUAUGUGGGAGAUCAAUGAAGCCUUUAGCGUCGUCGUUCUGGCCAACAUCAAAAUGCUGGGUAUUGAUCCCAAGAAAGUCAACAUCAACGGAGGAGCUGUGUCUCUCGGUCACCCGAUUGGCAUGUCUGGAGCAAGAAUUGUCGGCCACAUGGUCCAUAACCUGAAAUCCGGACAGUAUGGACUUGCUGGAAUCUGCAACGGAGGAGGAGGUGCUUCUGCAAUUCUUAUUCAGAGAUGCUAACGAGCUGUUCCUCUAAGGCAGGGGUCUCCAACUCUGGUCCUGGAGAGCCCCUAUCCAGCAGGUUUUAUAGGGGUCUUUACAUCAUCAUUGGCUAAAGAUCUGGAACACCUGUUAACCUUGUCUAAUUAAGCCAAUUAUUGGCUUAAUUAAAAUAACUGAGGGAAUGGUUGAAACAUAAACAUAGUAGCUGUCCAGGGACCAGGGUUGGAGACCCCUGCUCUAAGGUGUAGUCCUUGUAUGCCUCCUAUUUCUAGCUAAUACUAUUUCCUGUUAUUGACUGUUACAGGGUGUACAGAAUGAAACUUAAAGCAGUUGUAGAACCUAUUUAUUGUAUGAAAACACCAUGUCCUGUUACAUAUUUAAGAGAAGAAAAUAACCAGUGAACCUUCAGCCUUAUUGGUAACUGCUCUAAAGUGUGCUGUUGCAGUGUUUAUCUAGAUCCAGUGACUCCUUUUUUUCAGCUAAGAUAUCUGGAUAGACUUUUUCUCCUAAAUAAAGUGUUCUAUUAAAAUGA